AUGCAGACACCAAGCAUUUUUGAGCGAUGGCUAAGAAGACACAGGCCCAUGCUAGAAGUUUACCCAGCAGCCAACGCACCCAUUGGACACAAUCGAGAAAACUACAUGGUUCCCUUUAUCCCCCUUUACAGAAAUGGAGAAUUUUUUAAACCUUCAAGAGAGCUGGGGUAUGACUAUGAGUAUCUGCAAGAACCAGCACUUGGUUCUUUCCAGGAGUUUUUAAUACCCUACCUUGAGCAAGCCCGUCAGAUCUGGGCUUGGCUAGUCGGAGCAGCAGUGAUUGGAGGCAUCAUUACUGCUGUGCUCACAGGGCUCAUCCUGGCCUGCCGGAAGAAGAGAAGAGGAACUUCUGAAGAGAUACAGCCCUUGCUCACAGAAAGUGAAGAUUACAACAAUGUGUCAUAUCAGUCCAAUUUCUAG